AUGGCGUUCGAACGUUCGUCAUCUGCGCAUGCGGACUGUCUUGUUUUUACCGCUAAGCCCCCGCCAGUGUAUGAGAAAGCGCGCUCCAAUGUAACACAGAAAACAACGCCGCGUGCAGUUACGACGCUUGUUUCUUGCCAAAGGCGCGCGUUACUUUCACCUCGUGUUCAAAGUGGUACCGCGAAAAUUAAAAGACGCGUCUUUUUAAAGUCUAGACGUCAGAGGUUGAAAAAGAUAGCUGAAUUCGGAGAUUCACAGAUAUUUUUGAAUCUGCGAAAAUUACUUGGUCGUCUUUCUUCAUUUAAAAGUUUUUUUAAAUAUAAUUUCUCGGCUCAGCUCUCAAUUUCAAAAAAAUUUUUUUAAAUUAAUAAUGUUUGAAAAAGGUACAUAAAAUAAUUUUUCAAGAAUGACAUUGUAUUCUUAAGUGUGUAUACAUUUUUUUAAUUUACCAAUAGGAACAAAAAAGUUUUAUUUCAUGGUUUCAGGGUAGAGGGCUGGAUCGCAUUAAGAAAGGUUGAAAUUUAAAGGAAGGCGAGGUUUGUGAAUAUACAAUGAGAGAGCGAUUGUGUAAAAAAUGAUUUUAGGCGUACGGUUCGAACGUCGUCCCUCGAAUGCUCCCCGGUCAAUCUGUGUUAUCUUUUACAUUCACUUUGCUAAUAUUAAGUCUACUUUUUUUGCAGGUUGCCUGAAAAACCCUAUUAUUUAUUCUCGGCCAACUUUUUCUUUUUUUUCAGGCGAAGGCGACUCAAAUUUAUCCAAAUAGCUACGUUCACUUAUCUGUUACUAACAAAGUAAAUGGAAGGCGGACAGAUAGUUGUGCCAAUUAUCUUCAGUAUCGGCAUGAAAAAAUCGCCGAAACGUUCGAAAAUGCCGUAAGUUUGAUUGCUCGUUCGACUUUUGCAUAGCUGGCUUGAGACACUAAACCACAAAAAGUUUUAUGUGCAGCCUACCAAAAAAAAAUAAAUCGCUCUUUUUUUGUAUCAAGUCUCUUUCUUCGAAAGCUCAAGCCAGUUGUGAAACGGCUAUAAAAAGGCAUAUCUUUUUUAUUUUAUUUGAAGGAGCCAUAUUCUCUGAAAUGGUGGCGGAACGUGGAAAAGAACAUGGAUAUAUGCCCGUUGCCGCGUAAAGCCGAGCUGGACAUGAGCUACAAAGGCGCCGUUGUCCCACUCAAGUACCGCGUAGAUAAAGACGGCACAUUGUGCACCAAGAACUUGUAUAACAAUUUCCGUGGAGCUGCGCAAUUCCAGGUAUCUUUCCGCAGUCAUUUUCAUUGGAACGACUUAAAAGAAAGAUGAUUUCAAUCGAGGCUCCGUUCAUAUCUGAAAAUGGAAAUGAGCUCCACAGGCGAAUCGAGAAGGUAACAUAAUGUGUCCACAGAGGUACCUCUCAAAAUGGAUCGUGAAGGCCCCGUAAUGUGUCCAUCGUGAGACCUCCGGCAUACCUUUUAGCUAUAUCUGAUCCACCUCGGAGGUACUUCAGAGUCUCCCUCAAGUCUAUCUCCUUUUGCUCAAAAUCCUCAGAGGCUCGAGGUACUAUCGUGAGACUUCAGAGCCUGCGAUAUACCUCACAGAGUCUCGCGACACCCUUUCUCGAUUCACUAAAUGGAGAGAAGAAUCUAUCUGCACAACUCGAUUCAAGAAAACACGAGUCAAAAAUCCCUUUUUUGUAAAUUUCGCGAGAAAUCAGAUCUGUAAAGUUCCCUUUAGCAAAAUAAGCGGAUGUUGCCAGUUUUUUAGGAUUUUUAUAUAGAGCAAAGAACUGUAUUAACCAAUUUUCAAUUUCCUGACUUUUUUAGUGAGGCUCCAUUUAUUUUAGUUCUUGGUGAAAAGCAGUCAUGAGGCUAUAGUUAGCCACAGAACUUCGAUCACAAAAAAAACAAUAUCUUGGGACGCUUGACAGAGUUUGACUAUUUUCUUUUGUCGUAUGAUACGUGGAUUAUAUGCUGAACAUCUAAAAGUUUGAACACGCCAAAGAAAGUUUUAGAGGUUUGAAGAAUUUUUCAAAAAAAGAGAAGUUUUGAAUUUUCGGAUUGUUUUAUUCAGUUUUUUCUCAUUUGAAGUAGUAGAUUCUGAACCCGAAUCAAAUUUUUUUCAUUUUUUUCCCUCUUCAGAUUGAUAGCAUCAAUUCGUUUGAUGCUUCGGCGGCUCUCUUCACUGUGGAAAAAGGAAGACAAUUCCUUCAAGGCUGGAGAGACUUUUUGGUGAUUUGAAAACAAUUUGUCCCGAAAUGUGGCUGUUUCAGUUUCUUGAUUUUUACGAUCCAAGUAUCAACAUUUCAACGGCUCCGCCCACUUUUUUCUUGUACAAAGACGUGUUCGAUUCUCAUAUACGCGUGAGAAGACAUGUCUCAUAUACAUUCGAUGAUGUAACUAUUUAGGAUCUCGCAGACAACGUUGAUGACCUGGAGCUGCGAUUUUACCGCCCUCGUGCAUACGCGAUAGAACCUUCGAUGGUGUUCAUCUGGAUCAUCUCCAUGACAUGCGUCGCCGGCGGAGGCUUCUGGGCUUUUUACCGACAUCGGUAGGCUGCCCCAUUCUGCUCUCUUAUAAUUUGGCUGCGCAGAUUGGGGAAAGAUCAAAUGGAAACUCAAGGAUCUGACGAAAGGGUCGAUGAAAACUUGUGUUGCACCAAAUAUGGAAACUACUUUGCUAUCGGAUUCCUAAUGGGAAUGCUCACGACGAUUAUGGUCCUCGGCUACUAUUUCCGCGGCUAUCUCGGUCUGAUAAGUGCUCAUGGAACAAAUGUGAACGUUUCCCCUUUCAGUUUUCGUCUUCAACGUCGCGCUGGUCAUCUUUGGCUCUUUCAGUGUCUAUGGCUGUUUACGGGCGCUCUUCUCCAACUUUGCCUUUAGUAAAAGCUCACUCUAUCUGGCCGAGAUUUCAGUUCUCAGAAAGUUUUGUAAGCGGCUUAUCGUCUUCCUCCUGUAACAUCUUUUUACAGUGUUUGGAAGAAAAUUGACGUAUGUAGGAAUACUGAUCUACCUUCUUUCUUUGGCCCCUUGUGUGUAUUGGUACGUUGUGCGGCGAUCUCCUUACGCUUUCAUUCUGUUGGACCUAAUCAACAUGACUAUAUGUUUACACAUUCUCAAGAGUCUGCGAUUGCCAAGUUUGAAGGUACGGAAAUUAUUAUUAUUUUCAUUUUUCCGCAGGCUAGACGUUCUAAAUUUAUCUUUGAUAAUUUGCAGUGGAUAACUUUGCUAAUGUUCUGCAUGUUCAUCUACGACCUUUUUAUGGUUUUUGGAACUAAAGGAUUAACGAAAAACGGCUGUUCGGUCAUGCUCGAAGUAGCGACAGGAAUGGAUUGUUCCAAAGUAGAGCCGGGCGGUUACCCGAUACCACCUGUGGAUUCGCACAACCCCGAAAAGGUUUCAACUCUUUUAAAAACGAACAAAUAAUCCAACUUUCGCAGUUUCCCAUGCUGAUACAAGUACCUCGCUUUGACGUGAUGCACUCUUGUAUCGACUUGGUCGUAGAAGACGGAUUUCAGGCGAGCAUUUUGGGCCUCGGCGAUAUCAUCAUUCCCGGUUUCUUUUUAUUUUUAUUUUUUGCAAGCUUUUGUUUCUAGGUUACAUGGUUGUUCAUAGUUUCACGAUGAAUGGUAUAGGAGAAAGAGGUCAUCUCGUCUAUGGGACAGUCUGCGUUUUUGGUAUUUUUCAACCUAGAAAAUUGACAAUUAAAAAAACACGAGCAGGGUACGGAAUCGGACUGAUUGUAACAUUUUUCGCGUUGAUGUUGACAAAAGUGGCUCAACCCGCUCUGAUUUAUUUGGUGCCUUGUACGGUGAUCCCUAUAUUCGCCCUCGCCUUUCUUCGUGGCGAGUUUGUGAUCGUUUGGAACGGCGCCCCUCAAAAUAUGACAUCCAAAGUCAGAAUUCAACUUGUACAACGUUUUUUUUGUAUCACUUUCAGAGCGAGGAAAGCAACUCCGUGUUGAUGACGUCAAAGCGGGAAGGCCAAGAACUCGAAAGCAAUUCCUAG